GCGUGAAGACCAGGCAGCUCGUCAGGAUCUGGGAGGCGAAGUCAACCGUUCAGGCCGCCCUGGAGAAGCUCCGCCUCGGUAAGAGCGGCGGCGUGUUCAGCAGGCGCCGCAGGAAGCAGGGCGUCGCCGGUUCAGCCAACAACAAGGGCGCCAGGCUGAUUCAGCGCAACAUCAGGGACGAUCCUUCGGCGAAGAAGAAGCCAGGUAAGCGGAGUCUCCUCAGGCCGGUGUUUGAUGAGGUGUACAAGCAGUUCUUGCUCUGGCGUAAGGGUGGUCAGUACGUCGACUUAUCAGAUCUCUACUUGGAGUACUGCCAUCAGUCGGAGACGAUGAGGAAGUCCUUGGAGGCUCAGAGGAACUCAGAAGGUUGGCUACCCUCUAAGCAGCAGGCGCUCAUUGAUGAGAUCGAUAAGCGCGCAGCAGCUCAUGAGAAGUCAGAGUACAUGGCAGGCUACACCGCGGAGUUCAUUAAGGACACGUACGGCAUCAGGCUGUACAAACCUCAGCGUCUGUUGUCCAUCAGCUUGGAGGAGGAGGAGAGGCGAGCUCUUCAUGGUUGGUGGAGUUUCGACGAGGCACUGAGGGUGGCCUGCAUCAGCCCUGUCGAGCAGCUCGAGGACCUCGUCGCAGACCCGAAGAGCUUCAGGGACGGCGUCCAGGACCUCGUAAUCUUCAUGUCGGAUCAGGUACCCAUGUGGCUCAAGAUCAGCCCUGGCAAGCAACUGUACGCAGCUGGGGAGGUUCAGAACGAAAGCCAGGGCACACGCAAGGCCACAUCUUGUCAGGCACCUCGGGCGGAGUUGUUGAACGAUGCUCAGGACGAGGAGAAUGAUGAGGACGACAAUGAGGGCAUGACGCAGCUAAGAGGCGAACAAUCAGCUGACCAGGAUAAGUUCAGGAUCACCGUCGAUCUUGAGCAGAGAGUGUACGGCUGGUGCUCAGAGUCAUCAGAUCCUCAGUUUCAAUGGGGUACGACGUCAGUUGUGUUCACAGGCGCGCACUGCAGGCUCAGCAACAUUUCAGAGGACGGCAAGUGGAUAGAGACUGAGAAGUUUGUCGUAGACGGCAAGGAGAUCGUCAGGCUAGCUGGGAGGCCAGUGCCAGAGAACUUCGCUCAGUCCCUGAGAUCGCUGAGGCUUGGGACUGGUCAGAAACCGCUCUGGCACUCGCAGUGCGCGAGCGGGAGCAGCUUCGCGAGGAAGGGGGAGCGGGGGCUCGCUUUCUUGGGAUUUCUUCAGCUUUUCUUUGGUUUCCAUCAGUUUUUCUUUGGUUUCCCGUAG